GAAGGUGGAACGCCGAUGACCAGACUCCAUGUGACGGUUUGGGAGAAGAAAGAAGGGCUAAUGGCAUCCCUUUUUGACUCCUUUGUCCAAUUAAAUCUCUUCUUUCCCACAAUUUCUCGCCAUUUUCACCCGGAAUCUUCUCUCGCUCGCUAUGGAACUUGCUCUGACGUCUACCUACCUGCCGGAGUAUCCCCAUUUCUGCCGGAAUUCAAGAACGCCCUUUACUCUCCGGUCCCGCCGGAGAUCGUCGGAGGUCACCAUGGCCUUAAACAAGACCAGAAUCGAAGGGGUGAGUGAGGAACUCAACUCUAUUGCUUCCCAGAACUUGGAUUUCGCUCCGGCCCGGAGACGGGUCAGAUCCGCUUUUCUCCCGGUCCAGCAGCAGCUUGAUCACCUCUUGUUCAAGAUGUCUCCUGCUGGCAUCAGAACAGAGGAGUGGUUUGAACGGAAUUCAAAGGGCCAGGAAGUUUUCUGCAAAAGUUGGUUGCCAAAACCGGGUGUACGAAUUAAAGGCUCAUUGUGUUUUUGUCAUGGAUAUGGUGAUACUUGCACAUUCUUUUUUGAAGGUAUAGCCAAGUACAUUGCUGCUACUGGAUAUGGGGUGUAUGCCCUUGAUCACCCUGGUUUUGGUCUUUCUGAUGGCUUGCAUGGAUACGUUCGUCGUUUUGAUGAUAUAGUUGACAAUGCCAACGAGCAGUUUCGCAAGAUGAAAGUGAGGCCAGAAGUAAGAGGGCUUCCCCAUUUCAUAUUUGGGCAGUCCAUGGGCGGUGCAGUCGCUUUAAAGGCUAUAUUAAAGGAACCGCGCGAUUGGGAUGGCAUUGUUCUUGUUGCUCCAAUGUGUAAGAUUGCAGAGGAAUUGACACCUCCAGUCCCACUUCAGAAGGUCUUGAUUCUUAUGUCCAACUUCAUGCCAUGGGCAAAGUUGGUUCCCACACAAGAUUUGGCUGAACUGGCAUUUCGCGAGCCAAUGAAAAGGAAAUUGGCUCCAUACAAUGUGAUAUGUUAUUCGGAUAGGACGCGAUUGAAGACAGCCGUAGAACUAUUGAAUGCUACAAAGUUCAUAGAAUCACAGGUGGAUAAGGUUGAUUCACCGAUGCUCAUCCUUCAUGGUGCUUCAGACAAGGUGACGGAUCCACGGAUAAGCCAGUUUCUGUAUGAGAGGGCACUGAGCAAUGACAAGACCUUGAAGCUCUACGAAGAUGGCUACCAUUGCAUUCUUGAAGGCGAGCCCGAUGACCGGAUUCUAGCCGUGCUCAACGAUAUUGUAGCGUGGCUCGAUCAUCGUUGCCUUGUUAAAUAAAGAUGAAAUCGAAUUGGCUUAUAGUAGUAUGCUUUGGUGUUGUACAUUGUUUUCAAAGAUGUUAUGCACAAAUAAUAAUGUCUAUUUUCU